CUACUCUGCCCAACUUUACACUUAAUUAAAACCCAACUCCCCAUGCCCUCCCUCCCUCCCUCCUUCUCUCCAGCCGACAAGUGAAGAAUUCGGCAAUGACGCCAACCGGAAUUCUUGCUGGACUCUUUCUCCUUCUAACUCUGUACUGUGGCAUAGACCCAUGGAAGCAGAGUGCAAUCUCAGGAUUCCCAGACUUCAAGUCAUACAAAGUUGAAAUGCCUCCUUGGUCAAUACUCCCCAAAGAGAAGGAUGAAGAAAACUUACUCCAAAGAUCAGAAAUCAAGUUCUUGAAUCAAAUUCAAGGCCCUGAAAGCAUGGCUUUUGACCCUCUUGGUCGUGGUCCUUACACUGGUGUUGCCGACGGUAGAAUUCUCUUUUAUGAUGGCCAAAAAUGGACUGAUUUUGCUUACACUUCAAGCAAUAGAUCAGAAAUAUGUAAUCCUCAACCGUCGCCUUUGAGUUAUUUGAAGAAUGAGCACAUUUGUGGCAGACCUUUGGGGCUCCGAUUUGACAAGAAAACUGGUGAUUUAUACAUAGCAGAUGCAUAUUUUGGGCUGAUGAAAGUGGGGCCAGAAGGUGGGUUAGCAACAUCACUUUCAAAUGAGGCAGAAGGGAUCCCUCUGCGGUUUACCAAUGAUCUAGACAUUGAUGAUGAAGGAAACAUUUACUUCACAGAUAGCAGUACAACAUAUCAGAGGAGGAACUUCAUGCAGUUGGUUUUCUCUGGGGAGAACAGUGGGAGGGUUCUAAAGUACAAUCCAACUACCAAAGAAACCACUGUCCUUGUGAGGAAUCUUCAAUUUCCAAAUGGUGUGUCCCUAAGCAAGGAUGGGUCCUUCUUCGUGUUCUGUGAAGGAUCCAUAGGCAGAUUACGCAAGUACUGGCUGAAAGGUGAGAAAGCGGGAACUUCAGAAGUUUUAGCCAUCAUACCUGGAUUUCCUGACAAUGUCAGAACAAAUGAAGAAGGUAACUUUUGGGUAGCAAUCCAUUGUCGUCGGAGCUUUUACACUCACAUAAACGCACAAUACCCAAAUCUAAGGACAUUCCUGCUUAAGCUCCCAAUUCCAAUGAAGAUUCAAUACCUGCUUCAAAUAGGGGGCUGGCCCCAUGGUCUAGUUGUCAAAUACAGCCCAGAAGGUAAGCUCUUGCAGAUAUUGGAGGACAGUCAGGGAAAGGUUGUUAAAGCAAUCAGUGAAGUGGAAGAGAAAGAUGGGAAACUGUGGAUGGGGAGUGUUUUGAUGCCUUUUGUCGGAGUUUACAACUUGGCUUGAGGAAGAAUGUUGUUCGCAACAAAUGGUUAUCCUCAUAAAUAGUUUGCUGAGAUUCAAUAAGCUGUAUUAAUUAGCCAUGUUUUUUUAAUAAAUUUUCUUGAUGUGCCCUGACUAGAACUGCAAGGACUUUUUGGAGGAAGCUCUUUUAUUUAUUUUGAUUUGGGAAA